AUGUAUGCUGAGAGCGAUUACUUGAUGAUCAAUGGACUCAAAGACAAAGCGAAAACGAAGUUCGAGGAGUGCUUUCCCCUGGUGUCUCAGAAAGAUGCCUUUGCUCUGGUAAUCAGAGAACUAUACUCGGACCCUCCACGCACCAACUAUCAUGAGUUGCGGCAGUCUGUAUCUUCCUGGCUAGCGCAAAAGCGCCCAGGAAAAGCUCGCACUUUUAUGCUGAGUGCAGUGAUUGACCGAGAGAUCCUAGACGAGUCUCCCAAAUUUGCACGAGAUCUGCUCUUGGCCUUGAUCGAUCGAAAUUAA